UAUAUGGCUGACUUGGUCCUGUAUCCUGUUUUACAGGUGAUUCUUGAAAAGUUAGCCAGUCCGUAUGUGCAGAAGUUCCAUGAUCUCUAUCAUUUGAGGGAGAACAUAGAAAAACUGCAGAAUACACUACCAACUGCUAGAGCUUUUCUUGAUGAUGCACAUAAGCGACAAGAAACCGAUGAACAUGUUGAAAACUGGUUGGUGAAGCUCAAGGAUGUGGCGUACCAGUCGGAGAACUUACUGGAUGAAUUUGCUGCAGAAAGUGUACUGUGUGAGCAUCGCACUGGAAAAGCCAAACAAGUAAGCACUUUAUUCCUACCUUUUGAACCAUCGAAGCAUCUUUUUGACCUUGCAAAAAUGCUACCGAAAAAACUUAAGGAACUAGAUGAGAUUGCAAAGCACGGGUUUAGCUUAAAUCUUACAGCAACAACUGCAGAAAGACGAUUUGACAAUUAUGACAGAACAAAAGUAACUGGAUCGUUUGUGAUGACAUCAAAAAUAUGUGGAAGAAACGAUGAUAAAAAGAAGCUUUUAGAGCUUCUGUUUACUGCAUGUGAUGGCAACGCUGGUGGAGUUGUUUCCAUCAUCCCAAUUGUAGGUAUUGGAGGACUUGGCAAAACUACACUAGCUCAACUAGUCUACAAUGAUGAAAAGGUCAAUCAUUUCUUUGACAUAAAAAUAUGGGUUUAUGUGUCUCGGGAUUUUGAUGUAAGUAAGCUCAUAUUAAGCAUCGUACAGUCUGCAACAAAAAGGAAGUGUGAACUCUUGGAGAUGGAUCUACUUCAAGCUCAUUUUCAAGAUUCAUUGGGUGGAAAGAGAUUCUUGAUUGUUCUGGAUGAUGUAUGGAAUGAAGACCAAGACGAGUGGGAUAAGCUGGGCGACUUACUGCAAAGUGGUGGAUCAGGAAGUAGAAUCAUUGUCACUACGCGGAGUACCAAGGCUGCAUCAAUAGUGGGAACUACUUCCCCCUAUUGUCUCCAAGGCUUGACCGAAGAUGAUUGUUGGAUUUUGUUCAAGCAACGAGCUUUCAGCAAGGAAGAAGAAGUUGAGCAUCCAGAUCUGUUGGAGAUCGGAAAACAAAUCAUCAGGAAAUGUGGAGGUGUGCCUUUGGCAGCAAAAACAUUGGGAAGUUUGUUGCGCUUCAAACGAGAAAAAGAAGAUUGGUUGUUUGUGCAAGAGAGUGAACUUUGGAAACUUGAGGAAUGUAACAGUGGCAUACUGCCAGCUCUAAGGUUGAGCUACUUACAUUUGCCUCUACACCUCAAGCGAUGUUUCGCAUUCUGUUCAUUGUAUCCAAAAAAUUAUGAAAUUCAAAAGGAAAAGAUGAUCCAGAUAUGGAUUGCUGAAGGCUUGAUAACAUGUCUUGAGAGGAACAGGCAGUUGGAGGAUGUAGGCAACGAGUAUUUCAAUGACUUCUUGUGCUUAUCAUUCUUCCAAGAAGUCAAGAAAUUUGAUGAGACUGAUCUAGCAUUAUACAAAAUGCAUGAUCUUAUCCAUGAUCUUGCUCGAAGUGUGGGGAGUAAGGACUUCAUGAUACUUGGACAUGAUUUUCCUCGAGGUAGCAUGGCACGGGUUCAUCACCUGUCGAUCCUUUGCCACACAGAUCCCGCUUCACUUCCAAAGGACUUGUAUGGUGCCAAACAUCUGCGAACACUCCAAUUCUUGUUUUGCAGCCUAGACAUUCCUGCUUCUUUUCCCCUGAACUUUAAAUACUUGCGGGUGCUGGAUUUAAGUGGAUGCGUGAAAAAGGUGGAUGAGUCAAUUAGUGAUUUGAUAUGUUUGAGAUAUCUUGAUCUCUCCAACACUUCUAUUAAAACACUUCCUCAUACUAUUUGCAACCUUUAUAACCUGCAAACCUUGAAUCUCUCAUCUUGUGGUAACCUAAUGGAGUUACCUUUUGGAUUGGCUAAUCUAACUGGCUUAAGGCACCUUAACAUAGAGGGAUGUAAUGGCCUGACUCGCCUCCCUGCUGGUUUGGGGAAUUUGGUUCAUCUUCAAACUUUGCCUUUAUACAUUGUGGGCAAAGGUAUUGGAGAAAGCAUCACUGAAAUCAGUUCUCCAAACUUAAGAGGUGAAUUGAGUAUAAGGUGCCUGGAGAACAUCAAAGACAAAGAAGAAGCUAAACUGGCUAAUCUGAGGGCAAAGAAAUAUGUUGAUUUGUUAAGAUUCCAAUGGGGAAGUGGCAACGAACAGAACAUAGUGAAACUGGAAACAGGGUCUACUUCAUACGAGGUUUGUCAAGAAGUUGAUGGUACAUCAAGAUCAUUAUCAAGGGAUAAUGACAAUGUCAUGGAGGGUAUCCUUGAGUGCCUUCAGCCACAUGUAAACCUCAAAAAACUAUACAUCAAGGGAUAUCCUGGGUUCAAAUUUCCUGAUUGGGACCUCCCUAAUCUAGUUCUGAUUGCUUUGAUCAACUGUAGGGGAUGUGGUAAUCUACCUGCCCUUGGGAAGCUUCCGUUUCUCAAAACACUUUAUCUACAAGGGAUGGAUGGAGUUACACAUAUCGGUGAAGAGUUUUAUGGAGGCAAAACCCUCAUAUUCCCAUCUCUGGAAGACCUAACAAUCAAGGACCUCCCCUGCUUAAAAGAAUGGUUUUGCAUAGAGAACGGAGCAGUAUUUCCUCGCCAGCAAAAGUUAGUAGUAGAUAAAUGUCCUAAUCUCAUCACUAUGCCAACAUUUCAAUCUCUUCUUUAUCUGGAGCUCCGGGAUUGCCAUCCAAAGAUCUUGGAGUCUGUGGAGAACAUGUCUUCACUCUCCAAUCUUGUGAUUGAUGCGCUUCAAGGUUUAGAGCACCUUUCAGGGAAAUUGCUGGAGAAUAACAAAUCUCUGGAGACUCUGGAAAUACUUUCAUGCAGAAGUUUCAUUUCUCUUCCUCAAGAGAUAGAGCAUCUCACUGAUCUGAAGUCACUGAUCAUUAGCUACUGUGAAAAACUAACCCAUUUGCCGGCAGGAAUCCGAAAGCUGCAAGCUUUGGAGUUCCUUGAGAUCAAUGGGUGCCACAGCUUAGAGUCAUUUCCAUCAGAAGACAUUGCAGGUUUCAACUCCCUAAAGAGCUUGUCCGUUGAGAAUUGCAGCAACCUGAUCUAUCUUUCAAGUAGGUUCCUCCAUCUCACAGUCUUAGAACAGCUCUCUAUCAUGGGUUGCCCUCGGUUAACUUUAGCUAGAGAGAGUUUCCAGAAUCUGUCGUCUCUACGGAGCUUGAGUAUUAUAUCGUGCCCUGAAUUAUACCCAUUGCCGGUUAGCCUUCAAUAUGUCACUACGUUGCAAAGUCUGGUAAUCCAUAGCAGCCCUCAUCUCACAGAUCUUCCUGAUUGGCUUGCUAAACUUUCUUCUCUUAGAUCUCUAGCAAUUUCAAAUUGCGAACAUUUGAUAUCAUUGCCAGAAGGAAUAAAGUACCUCAAUGCUCUUCAGCAUUUGUCAAUUCAAGACUGCCCUCAUCUUGAACGGCUUUGCAACAAGAAAGGUAUGGAAUGGCGAAAAAUAGCUCAUAUUCCACACAUAUACAUUGGUUCACUUAAAUUUGGGAGAUAAGUUUGACUCCAACUGAAGAUGAAAGAAGAAAACAUCUCUUUUGCAUCCACAAUGGGAUCGCAGAGUUCCUGUUGCUAGGACAAAAGGAUGACCAGAAUGCACAGAUGAAGCAAACUUGUUUUAAGCUAAUCGGGGUGUCUGUUCUUCACUUCUACAAAUAUUCUCCGACUUUGAUCUGCAACUUCUUUUAGUAUUUC